AAGCCAAAAUAUAUUUUUACACAAUCAUCCGAUCCGAUGAACAACAACUUGUUAUUUUGUUAUGUCAUCUAUAACAUAUCAUUAAAGGGGGUAAACAUUAAAGGGGGUAAACUAAAGUGAUAUGAAUGAAAAUCUGGUUAAAAAAAAACCGGAAAAAACAAGAGUGUUUAUCACACGCUAAAUUUAGAGUAAGAUUUUUAUUUUCUUUUCAAAAUCGAAAUGGAAAAUUCAGACAACGACGAACCGGAGAAGAAGAGACUUCAUCUUCUCACACCUGUUUCUUCCCGCGUUUCACGAAAUUCAACAAACCAUUCUCCUAAUAGCAAAACUGCUGAUGCGGGUGUCUUACAGCUCCAGAAUCAGCAGCUUGUUCAGGAGACAGAAAUCCAGAAACAGGCUUUACACGAAAUUGAAGAUAAAACUAGAGAAUUGAAAGAAAGACAAAAGGCUUAUGAUGACAUAUUAAUCACAUUCAACCAACACUGGGAUCAGUUAGUUGAUGAUAUGGCUCUUCUCGGGAUACAAGCUGGGAGAGGCAAAGAUUCUUUGCAAACUUUGGAUUACCUUGAUAAUCCUCAAGGUUCACUUCCUUCGUGUCCUCCGGAUGAUCUAUUUCUCUGUAGAUUAAUCCAGAAAGAUUGUAUUGAAGGAAGAAGUAAUAAUGAGAUAAUUAAUUAUGUUGAGGAAGCCCUUGCUUUGCGUCGGUUAUCUACUACGGAGUUGUUGAAACUCAUCCAAGAUACCGUUGAUGAUCAGAUGGAAAGAAUUGAGGAUAUAGGUCAGGUUUUACACGGAGAUUUAUCUACCGAAGAUGCUGUCAUCCAAAUGUCUAAGAUUGACAAUAUGACGAAAAAGGAGGUAGACAAUUUUCAUGAAGUGAUUGAUACUCUCCAUGCAAAACACAAAGAGUAUACUGUUGGUAUUCAGAAUUAUAUAGAAGAGUGCUUAAGAGAUCAAUCUGUCAUAAAAAGCCUUACAGGAGAGCUUGACGAGAUCGUGGCUGAACUUGAAGAGAGUAGAAGAAAACUAGUCAGUCUGAAAAUGCAAAAAGAUGCAGCCAUGGGAAUGAAUUCCUCCAAUGCAGAUGCAGUGAAUGGAAACUUGUCUCCGGAGAAGCCUGCAGACAGGGCUAUGGGUUUGUCUGAGUUGAAGAAUUCAAUUGAGGAAGCCAAGAUAGUGGAUGCUGAUCGUCUUUCUGAGCUUCAAGAUUCACGGGAAAGAAAUCAAAUCUUGACUAAGCAAUUCCAAGAACUCCAGAAUGAAUUGAAUGAUGAUAAGUAUGUACGCUCUUCCCGAAUAUACUCUUUGGCAAAUGAUCAACUUCAACAUUGGAUUGCUGAAUUGGAUCGAUAUAAGUCAUUGGCGGAGUCUCUGCAGGCUGGAAGGGCUAAUGUCAUAAAACGGGAGAAGGAACUGAAGCUGAAAUUGGAGUCUACUGAUAAUGCAAGGCAUAUUCUUGACAGUUCUGACUCGGGGACUGAUGAGCUCGAGCUUCAGUUGCAGAAAUGUAUUAUUGAACGAAAUGAUCUGGAACUUACAUUGGAAGAGGCCAAACAGGAUACUGGGAGAAAAGAUAUCAAAGUUGAGUUUCGUGUGAUGGCCUCAGCUUUAUCUAAAGAAAUGGGGAUGAUGGAAGCGCAAUUGAAGCGAUGGAAGGAUGUAGCUCUUGAAGCUGUAUCAUUGCGUGACAAAGCACAUUCACUUAGAGCAACAUUGAGUGGCAAGACAAGCGAUCUCAAGAACCUUGCAAACAAAUGUGCUGAGCAGGUUUUGGAAAUUAAGUCUUCAAAAGCAUUGAUUGGAAAGUUACAGCAGGAGAAUCAGGAGUUAGAAUUUGUUUUGGGUAUGUAUGGCUCGGAGGAUUAUCAGAAAAGCUUGCCAGAAGUUAGAGAAUCUGAAAGUAAAGCUCGCUCUCAAGCUGAAAUGUUGAAAAAUGCUUAUGAUGAACAUGGUCUAGAGUUGAGAAUAAGAGCUGCUAAUGAAGCUGAAGCUGCCUGUGAACAAAGGCUUUCUGCUGCAGAAGCUGAAAUAGAAGAGUUAAAGGCCCAGCUUGAUAAAACGGAAAGAAACAAAUUGGAGAUGACUGAGGCUAUUAAAGUUAAAGAGGCUGAGGCAGAGAUCUAUAUCUCUGAAAUUGAGACUAUUGGUCAAGCAUAUGAAGAUAUGCAGACACAGCACCAACAUCUGUUGCAGCAGGUGGCUGAGAGGGAUGACUUUAAUCUUAAGCUUGUAUCAGAAAGCGUGAAGGCAAAACAAUUACAUAGCUCAUUACUGUCUGAAAAGCAAGCCUUAGCAGAUCAACUUAAACAGAUUAAUUCUUUGAUAGAAAAUUCAAAGGCGAAGAUUGCAAGUAGUGAACAACAGAUUGAACGUAUUCUAUCAGAAGCUGCGAAAUGUACUCAGGAUGAAAAACACCUUGCAGCCGCCUUAGAGUUUACCAAGUGGGAAUUGGCUGAUGCUGAGAAGGAGUUGAGGUUGCUCAAGUCUGUUGCUUCAUCUUCAGAGAAAGAAUACGACCAAAUUCAGAAAGAUAUUGAAGCUAUUGAAAAGGAAUUGGAUAGUGAAAGGAAUUCACGGAAGAAGCUUGAGGAAGAACUAAUGGAAGUGAACAGCCAAAUUGCUGAGCUGAAGGCUGAAACUGGAGAAACCGCAGUACAACAACUUGAAGAAGAAAUAAGAGUUUGCAAGAACAUGAUCAAGUGUACUGUCUGUUCUGACCGCCCAAAGGAGGUUGUGAUUGUGAAGUGCUAUCAUCUGUUCUGCAAUCCAUGCAUACAAAGAAAUCUUGAGCUCCGUCACCGCAAAUGUCCUGCCUGUGGAACAGCAUUUGGACAGAGCGAUGUUCGUUUUGUUAAAAUAUGAGACUGACUCGUCAGACGUGGUGUUGUUCAAUAGCGGCUAUAGUGGCGUUAUAGCAUAGCGGAAUUUGAACGAAUAGCUAUUGUUCCACGAUACGCUAUUUAGUGCAAAUUGUUGUGAAAUAGUAGCUAGGCAGAAUAGCAGUGUUGUGUAGUGGAAUUAGAGUAAACCACUAGUUCCUGCAAUAUGCAAUCGACAACACUGGACUCAUGUAAUGAUACCUUGUGUUGUUUAAUGUUUUGGAUCCGUUGUCGUUGUUGUUUGUCCUUGUUAUCUUGAUAGUACUUUUAGACAAGCAUUCGUAUCCAAUAGUAAGCAAUACAUUUUCAGAUUAUAGACAUUUGUAUUCGUAUUUUCUUGCACUUGUUUUGUACAAGCUAUUGGUAGCAUCAGUUAGCAUAGUAAGUGCUACAUCCUGACGCACCAUGGUUUUACCUUCUACAACAUGGUAUUUUAAUUUAAGAUUUCUUUUGUAGAUAAA